CCCCACCUAUGCAGUUGUGGUCACUCCAGCAAGGGGGGGAUUCCUAUCGCCUAUUCGAGUUGUUGGUUAACAAUAGGCAACUACCUAGGUAAUCAAUGCGUUUACUGGUGUAAGUUCCCAAGGUCAAUAAGCACUUGAUAUGCAAGAUCACGGAACAGUUUAAUAAAACCAACAGAGUGAUCUAUUACCCGAAAAGCUUAUCACCAAGAGGUUUACUCGUCUUCAAGUUCGCGUCAACUUCUCCUCACUUACCCAGGAAACCCUUAAUAUUGCUUCUUAUUUCAAGAUGGCAUUGAACGUAGGUGAAGUAGAACUUCUCACGGAGAAAAUCGAGGCUCUGGCGAACAAUCCUCGCAUAGCCUCAGAGCUUCAAGACGAGACCCUCCGCUGCAGAUUGCGGGAGGCGAGCCGAAAACUAUCGUAUACAAUGGAAGUACCAGGGGAUACAGUCCACCGAAUAAUCAAUACCCCGUUGCAACUUGCCCUUGCCCAGGUCGGUGUCGAAACAAGACUCUUCGAGAUACUCUGCGAAAACGAUGGACGAACAGUCACGAAUGGGGAGCUUGCAGAAAAGACCAGCAUUGACCCGGUUCUGAUGAAAAGGCUGCUGCGAUAUUAUCAAUCCGAAGGGAUGAUCUCACAGCCUGAAAAUGACGGCUACUCCUCGAAUAAUAUCACCGAGGGUAUGACUUCUGAUGCCGGUCGACAUGGCAUCAGAUAUUUCUUCGAUCUAGUAUCUCCAUCAUUCAUGGCAUUUCCCCGUUUCCUGCGCGAAACCGGAUAUGUCAAUCCUACUGACCCCAAUCACUGCGCCUGGCACCUCGGUCAUAACACUUUCCUGUCUCCCUUUGCCUGGCUGCAGAAUCAUCCAGAACAGCUGAUCAACUUUCUGCCAUGGAUGGCUUCUAACCGCGUUGGUCAGCUAUCAUUCCUAGACGUGAUGGACUUCGAGAAUGAGCUAGCUCAGGGCACAACUGAGUCGACCGUUCUCUUCGUGGACAUCGGUGGUGCACUAGGCCAUCAAUGUGUUGCUCUAAGGAAAAAAUACCCCAAACUCCCAGGUCGCAUUAUUCUCCAAGAUCAAGCGCCAGUCAUUGAGCAAGUAAGGAAGAGUCCGUUGCCAGGUUUCGACGGCAUCGAGACGGAACCGUAUGACUUCUUCACUCCGCAACCCAUCAAAGGUGCUCGUGUCUAUUAUCUCCGCAACGUCCUUCAUGACUGGCCAAACCAUAAGUGUAAUGAAAUUCUUCACAACGUUAAGGCUAGCAUGACCAAGGAAUCGGUGCUUCUUAUCGAUGAAAUGGUCCUCUCAGAGCGUGGUACCCCAUGGAGGGCGGCCCAGUUGGAUAUGGCAAUGAUGGCCUUUUUAGCUGCCACAGAGAGAACCAAGCCGGAGUGGCGAACUUUACUUGAUGAGUGUGGUUUCAAGGUUCUGAGGAUAUUCAAGUAUGCGGAAGAUUGUGAAUAUUCUGUGUUGGUUACUGUCCUCAAAUAGAUUAUAAUAUCUGGAUAUUUAAAAGGUUAGGCACACAGUGGGUGCCCAGAUGGUGAGGUGCUAGAUAUGCAGUAAGAGAAUCAUCAAAAACAAAGUUAGUUGAGGGCAAACUGUGACUGUCAGUGAGAUAAUUUAGAUAUUAAGUAUCGACCCCUUAAUCUGAUCACUUGCUACGUAUACUAUCCAACUUAUCAAUCCUACCUAGCUACCUAACCUUAGUAUAGUUCCUCGAUCUUAUGAAAUUCUUCUCAUAUAGUAUUAC